AAUUAAAUUGUGCAUUCAAUCGGACCGAACCAGUCGUCAUGGCUGGGUUAGCAAAUUAGGGUUUAUUUACAUUACUGCCGGCACCGCCGCUGCGCUGCCCUCCGCGAUCUCCUCUUUUCCGGCGACCUAACCGCCAGUCCUCCUCCUCCUAACCAGCCGGAGGCCCUUCCCCUUUCCUCCUUCUUCCUUCCGCCCUCUACGCCAACCUCAGUCAUCGAAGCCAACCGGCCGUAUUUCCUCGUCCCAGUUCCGACUACCACCUCCGCCGCCUUGGCCCUGAUGGCAUCGACGUCCGACUGUGUCACGCCGGUUGCUUCCGAUCGGAAGAGACGCGCCCUCGAAGCUCUCGAAAAGAGGUUCGCCUUCGAGGCAGAGCGUCGCCAGGAGAGCGUAAAGUCGAAGCGAAUAAAGGAGUCGGAGAGUGUAGGCGGAGUUGAGCAGAGGAAGGAAGAGAAAAGGAAUGCGAAGCUUGUGCCGAGCUCAGAGGUUGACGGUGGAUCUGAGCGGAGAACACGAGGCAAGGCUUCUGCCUCUUCUUCAUCUAGAAAAGAUGUUCACCCUGUUUAUUCAGAGAUUUCUGGGAUUGUUGAUGCCAAUUUGCUACAACUUAAUGAUCUAAAGGCUCCGAAUGCAAGGGAUACUGUAAGCAAAAUUGUGAAUGAUAUUGUUGCAAAGGGUGAUGAGGCCAAUAAGUACACAAGGCAUGGAAAAAGCUUGAAAAUCGACAAUUUGAUCUAUCUUGAUCAAUUAAUCUCAAAGGAUGAUAGUUUGAAAGAUGCUCGCCUGAAGGCUUUAAUGAGCCACUCAAAACGGUCAAGGAACCACAUGUCCAAUAGACAACACAGGAAGUGUGGAUCAUUCAACCUACCAAGAGAGUUCCACAAAUUUGAUCUCUUCACACCAAUGCAUGAAAUGUGGAAAGGAUACAUUGUCGAGCUUAUGAAAGAAGUGGGGAAAAAACAAUUGAAUGAGUGCCUUCUCAAUGCAGACUUGCAUGGUGCUUUCCUUUUGGUUUAUCUACUUGUGGAUGAUACUUUCUUAAUGUGUUAUUCUAGUUGUCGAAUGCAAAACAAGUGCCUACAAAGGCGAAAGUGGUAUUAUGAUUCGAGAGACUUCUGAGACCUUUGGAAUAAUUACAAAAGAAAACCGGUUCCGAGUUGUUCCCAAAGUGGGUUCUGUCUUCAUUUUUCAAGCUGAUUGUUGGAAGAUCACAUUGCACGGCGACAAGUUAUCAAAAAGGUCGACGAACAAGCUGAAACCCUAGCCAGCUAACAAGGUAUCUACUUUAUGGAAGUGAUGUUUUGCUACCCAGUUUUUUGUAUGCAGAUCACUCGACAAGUGCUAUGUAGCUGUAGAUAAAAUGCACCCGAUGUUUUGAAACCUUCAGCAAGAGAAAAUUUGUUAGUUUUGCAAUUUCCAGCAUAUUGUCAGUUCAGUGUUCCUACCUGAGAUGGGGCCUCAGGUGAUAUGUGUCGCACUUUAUGCCUUUGCUGGUGUUUCUUCUGAUUUUCCUGUGAACGUGUUGGGAAAAUCGGGAGUGACAUGACCGUGUGUUCUUCAUUUCUGGGAAGCUUCUUUACUUUUCAGAGAAGUUUAACAAAUUUCUCAGUUCUUAGAACUCUGGUUACCUGUGCCGAU